GUCAGCAGCGGGAUGGCCGUAGCUGUGGCGGCGGCUGCAGGAGCCCGAGCAGCCGCGGCCGCAGUGGAGGCUAAAGCCCGAGCGGCGUCGGCGGCGGCACCCCGGGGAGUUUAAGAUGGCGGCGGGGGGGGCGGCGGGCCUGCGGGAGGAGCAGCGUUACGGACUGUCGUGCGGGCGGCUGGGGCAGGACCACAUCACCGUCCUCCAUGUGAAGCUCACGGAGACGGCGCUCCGGGCGCUCGAGACUUACCAGAGCCACAAGAAUGUAAUUCCUUUUCGACCUUCGAUUCAGUUCCAAGGGCUCCAAGGGCUUGUCAAAAUCCCCAAAAAUGAUCCCCUCAACGAAGUGCAUAACUUUAAUUUCUAUUUGUCAAACGUGGGCAAGGACAACCCUCAAGGAAGCUUUGACUGCAUUCAGCAAACCUUCUCCAGCUCUGGAGCCUCCCAGCUCAAUUGCCUGGGGUUUAUACAGGAUAAAAUUACAGUGUGUGCAACAAACGACUCGUAUCAGAUGACACGAGAAAGAAUGACCCAGGCCGAGGAGGAAUCCCGCAACCGAAGCACAAAAGUUAUCAAACCCGGUGGACCGUAUGUAGGGAAAAGAGUGCAGAUUCGGAAGGCACCUCAAGCUGUUGCAGAUGCAGUGCCUGAGAGAAAAAGGUCAACCCCCAUGAACCCUGCGAAUACGAUUCGCAAGACACACAGCAGCAGCAGUGUCUCUCAGCGACCGUACAGGGACAGGGUGAUUCACCUGCUGGCACUCAAGGCCUACAAGAAACCGGAGCUGCUUGCUCGACUGCAGAAAGAUGGCGUCAACCAGAAAGACAAGAACUCCCUGGGAGCGAUCCUGCAGCAGGUCGCCAAUCUGAAUCCUAAGGACCUCUCUUAUACCUUGAAGGAUUAUGUUUUUAAAGAGCUCCAAAGAGACUGGCCUGGAUACAAUGACUUGGACAGACGGGCCUUGGAGUCUGUGCUCUCGAGAAAACUAAAUCCAUCUCAGAAUGCUGCUGGCACCAGCCGUUCAGAAUCUCCUGUAUGUUCUAGUAGAGACACUGCAUCUCCUCCUCAGAAGCGGCUUCUGGAUUCUGAUUUCAUCGACCCUUUAAUGAAUAAAAAAGCUCGAAUAUCUCAUCUGACAAGCAGAGUGCCGCCGACAUUAAAUGGCCACCUGAAUCCCACUGGCGAAAAAUCAGCUGCAGGCCUCCCGCCGCCCCCUGCAGCCGCCACCAUCCCUACCCCUGCACCGCUGCCUUCGACUCACCUGCCGGCCUCCAAUCCUCCGCAGACUGUCAAUUCCAACUCCAAUUCCCCCAGCACUCCAGAGGGCCGGGGGACUCAAGACCUGCCCGUGGACAGUUUUAGUCAAAACGGUAGCGUCUAUGCGGACCAGCAAGACAAAUAUACCUCUAGGACUUCUGUGGAACCCUUACCCCCUGGAUCCGUUCUACUAAAGUGUCCACAGCCUACGGAAGAAACCCAUUCAAUGUCUCAUAAGAAGUCCAAAAAGAAGUCCAAGAAACACAAGGAAAAGGACCAAAUAAGGAAGCAUGAAGUUGAGACGGUGGAGGAAAAGGAAGAGGACCUUCCAGGAGAAGAAGAACUAGCCAAGUUCGGUAACUCCAGUCCAAACCCCAAUGCAGGAGUUAAAGAGGGUUGCACUGCCCCCACGGAGCCGCCUUCAACGAUUGAACUCCCAGAUUAUUUGAUAAAAUACAUCGCUAUCGUCUCCUAUGAGCAACGGCAGAAUUACAAGGAUGACUUCAAUGCCGAGUACGAUGAGUACAGGGCCUUGCACGCCAGGAUGGAGACCGUAGCUAGGAGAUUUAUCAAACUGGAUGCGCAACGAAAGCGCCUUUCUCCAGGCUCAAAAGAGUAUCAGAAUGUUCAUGAAGAAGUCUUACAAGAAUAUCAGAAGAUCAAGCAGUCCAGUCCCAACUAUCAUGAAGAAAAAUACAGGUGCGAGUAUCUUCACAACAAACUGGCUCACAUCAAAAAGCUGAUCGGGGACUUCGACCAACAGCAGGCAGAGCUGUGGCAAUAGGGCCUGCUGCACCAGAAGAUGUGAAUAAACUGAAGCUUAUUUAUUGAAAAUGCCCAGUGCAUUGCUCUAGAUUCUGAAGAGAUGAAACUUUACCUGCUCAAAGUUUCAGUAUUAGUAAACUUGAGUUACUUUUUCUCCCCCAUUUUACUUUGCUUUCCUGCAUUUUGAAGCUGCUUUCUCUGAAUCUUUUUUUCCGCCUCAAGACUUAUGUUUGUUAAUAGAAAUAAUUUUUUAGAUAUUGGGGAUCCAGUGUCUUUCAAAUCAACCUUUUUCCUUAAAAACUUGUGUUUGUCAUUAGAAAUGAUUUUUUAGAUCUCGGGGAUUCAGUGCCCACACUUCAAAGUUGUGUGUAUUUAACAACAACAGUAAUGUGCAAGGUGAAGUGCUUUUGGAUAAACAUAAGCCUAUCUAUUUUCUGACCUUUCUUAAUGCAAACUCUUUGCCUUAAAUGGUAGAAUAUAUAGAAAUUUGCACAAAACACAAAAAAAAUUUAAAACAUUGUUUUGGAGGGUUAAACAACAGAAAGGUGUUUGAGUGUGUGUAUAGAUUUUUCCAUACACACAUCUCUACAGGCUGACUUGAUCUGGAAUAUUCAAUCUACCCUGCAAGUUAACCCCCCAUUGCAAUGGUUGCCUUAAGGUGUUUGCUAGUUGUGUACAUAGUGUGGUUAAUCAUUAGCUACACUGCUUCCCACUUGAUUCCAGCAAUGGGAAGCCCACUGUGGCCUACCGGCGUGUGAAAGCGUAUGCUCGACCUGUCUUGUGUGCAGAGGUGGUGUGGGUGUGCGUGUGCGUGAAGGAAGAAAGCUGCUACUCUCUGGAGGCCAAACGCUCAGGUGAAACAACUGACGAGUGUUACUGUAGGGUUGUUGUGUUUUUUUUCUCCUGUCCAAUUGCUACUUCUAUAGUGGAAGACAAAAGCAUUUCCAUUUCAACAGUUUGUCAGCUUUAUUAAUGUUGGUCAAAAAUUGAUACAUUAUAAAAAUGAAACAUCUAUAGUUUUGGGGCAAAAUUAUAAAAUUAAAUGUGUAGGUAACCUAUUUAUAUACUGCUAUAAAGUAUUUUUUGAAGAGAGAUAUGCAAAGAAGCUAUUACCUACAUGUGAUGUAUAUUUAAAGAUUUUUUUUUUUUCAUCCUGGGUUCCGGGAAUAUAAAAAAAAGAGCAGAUAUAUUUAACCAUAACAUACUGUGAUUCAUCAAACAGCACAAACUUUCAUUUCAUGGAGUUUAUCUGUUGACGUUGAUUUAAACUAUCACUUGUUUUAUCAUGUGGGAACAUAAGUUAUGUGGUCAAAAAUAUAAGGAUUUUGAACUAAUGUUGAUUCAACUUGUUUUGUCUUGUUGUAUUGUCUUUUCAAAGUGCUGCCAGUUGAAAAGGGAAGCAUUAUGUUUACAAAUCUGUUUUGAAAUGUUUGCCAAAUUUUUGGUAGUAUCUUUAAUAAAGAUAUUUGUCUCCAGCAUCCAAGAAAAUAAGUCACUUUG